GUUGCGGAGAGUGAGGUUCAGGUGUGUCUUCAAGCUGAGGGGCCACCCACCCCACCUUGGUGGUUCCUCCAGGAGUUGAGCAGCCUGGCCACCCCUCGGCAGUUCCUCCAGGAGUCAGCAGUUCCUUCAGCCCUCCCGCUCCGGCGGCCGCGCCCCUCCGGCCUUACCGCUGGCCCCCGCACCUGGAACGGCCACGGCCAUGGCGGGGCGGGGCGACCGCUACUACACGUACACCGAGCUCCUGGCCAUCGCGCGGCGCUUCCGGCAGAACCCCAACGAGCUCAUGAUCAGCUGGAUCCUGCGGGUGUAUGACCAGGGCGGCCAGGCCCUGUCGCUGAAUUCUGGGGAGCUGGCCCUGCUGGGCGACCUGACUGGCGAUGCCGUCUUCAACUACCACUGCAAGACCCUGCGGGGUGACUGCAAGACGCUGCUGGCCUGGCUGCUGCUGGCCUGGCGCCGGCGCUGGGAGUCCUUCCUGCACUUCGAGGCCACCGAGCUGCCCUUCCGGCCCUGGACCACCAUGGAGGAGGGCAUCCAGCUGGUACGCGAGCUGGGCAUGCUCGACUGGAUCUACCGUGAGCCGCUGCUCCCUGAGCCUGCCGGGCUAGCGCCGGAGGACCUGACCUUCACGCAGGGCCUGCAGCGGCGCCUGCUGACAGCCGCGCCCUCCGAGCUGCGACUCUCGCUGGUCAGCCUGCUGGUCAAGGGCAUGACGGUGCUGGAGGCGGUGAUGGAGAUCCAGACCAUCGCCGACGUGGGCCUGCUCUGGCGCCAGAGCCAGCCGAGCCGCGCCAAGCUCAUGCUGGGGCCGAACCCCACGCGCAAGGACCUCAUGGGCUGGCUGCUGAGCCACGGCGUGCCCAAGGAGCGCGUGGACAAGCAGCCCACCAAGGUCCUGCUGGAGCUGUACAUCAAGGAGGCCAAGCGUAGCCGCGGCCACGCCCCCUAUGGGCUGGGGGAGGAGCAGCCCCCGCCUCCCCCGUACUCCGACCAGGCGUGCGGGGAGGAGCCACCGGUGCGCCACGACUAGGCGCCCCCUGUCCUCGGGACAGGGGCCCGGACCUUGUAGGGGAGACGCAGAGCCUUGGCCGGCGUGUCCAAGGAGCCCUAAAGAGGGGUGGUGUCCGUGCCCCCGGCCGCCCGUGGGCAUCACCGGCUACUGCUGGUGGAGAACAGGUGGCUGGCUCUUGGCAGCUGCUGCGGGAUGCGGGGAGAGAGUGUGUUACAUUUCCAGCCUUACACUUCGGCCCGAUGGGCGUGGUGGGGUGGGUGCGCCUUCAGCCCCCACUGCUCUGCCUCACGGCCCCCACCCCCACCCCCCAGGCACUACAGGCCAAGUGGGAGACCCUGCCGCCCACACCGUGAAAGCACUUUGAAGUUUGUACCCUUUUUCUUAAGGUUUUUUUGUUUGUUUUGGGUUUUUUUAAUGCAGUAUUUUUUUUUUACUCUGAUCUUCAGCAGACAACACUUGUUUUUUAGCGGUGCUCGUUUCCCCCUUUGUGAAGGAUUGUCUCUUAAAAGACAUUUUUUUUUUUCUGCAAUUCCUUUCUCUUAAAAUGGAAUUUUGUCCCUUGCUCGCCUGCGAAGGGGACGGCCUGUCCCUUCUGGUUUCUCCAGCUGCGUGUGUGGCUGGAGGGUCUGUCACCUCCGGGCGAGGGGCACUGCGGCCAAGAAUCCCAGCUUUGUGAGGAUGGACAACCCUGGCAGGUGGUACCACGCA